UGGUGUACUUCCUCUUCUGGUACGCAGAAUUGGUUAGGCAAAAACAACUACUCCCUGCAGUAAGAAAUGCCCUGUCCGGAGAAAAAGCCCCAAUAGAAUUGGUCGCAUCUUCCACGACAACUUUCACAUUGCUGGUCAAGAUGGUUUUCAGCCCACUUUCAACCUUACAGCCCAAAGAUUGGCACAAAACAAUUCAUGUGCGUGUCUGCAGAAAAUGGGAGUAUCGUGGAAUCAACGAAGACAACCCCUUGCAGCAUAUCGAUUUGGUUCUUGUCGACAGCCAGGGAAACACCAUGUAUGCUGAGAUCCCAGCAAAAGAGGCAGACAAACAUGGUCCGAUUAUACAAGCUGAUAGAACUUAUGUCAUAAGCCGCUUCAGAGUUUGCAAUGCAAAAGAUGCUUUCAGAUCUGUUCCUGGACCAUAUAUGUUGGAGUUUACCUGCCAUACCAAAAUCAGUGCAGCAACUGAAGAAAUAACUGAACCCAAGUACAUCUACAACCUAACUCCAUUCAGCAAACUUCCAGAGUUCAUUAACGACAAAAAAAAAUUCCAUGAUAUCUUGGGCAUACUCACAGAGAUAAAUGAACCGCAAUGGAUUCCAUUCUCAAAUCAAUCCAAACCUAGUCUGCGUCGUGAUAUCAAGCUGAAAGAUGAAAUCGGUGAAGAGAUCAAGCUAGUUCUUUGGGGCUCCAAAGCAACACAAUUUGAUAUUAUUCACUGGAUGCCUUGUCAAACUUUACCGUGGUGA